AAUCUAGGGGUGGUAGUCAGCUCAUUCCUUUUCUAUCUGGGUGUUGUAAAGCACUAUUCUGUAUGUCGUUCAACUGAACAAGCGUGCGAUGAACCACCGACUGGAUAUGUAAACACAACUAACCCAACUCGACGGGAAAACUGAUCGUACGUAACCUCCUCGUAGCGGCGGCUGCAGCAAGGGCAAGCUGGGAUUACCAGUGUGGCUGGCGCGUUCACCCCGGGCCUGGGCGGGCGCUGGAACAGGGCUGGGCAAUCGACGCUUCAGCGUCGUAUUUCUUUUCUGCUCUCUCCUGCUAUCUCAGCGCCGGCAAUUCUGGCUCUGCUCUGCUCUGACUCUCAUCACCAACUCAGUUGCUAGCUCUCUCGCUUUCGCACACAUUACUGACCAGCUGUCCCAUUUCGGGUUCACCAUGCAGUCGGGGCCCUGUCUUUGAUACCUCUUGUCCUUUCUCGCUUCUUUCGUCGUGGCCGUUGUCCUCCUGUUGGGUGUUCGUUCCCUUGCGUGCCUCCCCUGUGGUCACUCCCUUUUUCCUUUUGAUUAGCCUUCCGCCAUGGAAUCCAGCAGUCUGCCAUUCUCGAAUAGACCUCUUAGGAUCCGGAUUGUAAUAUCAUACAUCUUCGACUAUGUGAUCCUCAUAGCCCUGAUGGUUGGAUUCUACAUUCUCGACCGUGUCGAACCCUUCCACCAACCUUUUGCCAUUAACAACAUCUCUCUAUUUUACCCCUAUGCCGAGCACGAUCGCGUGUCUGUCCCCCUCGCUCUCGCCCUCUCGGGAGGGUUCCCACUCCUUGUCAUCUUCAUCUACACCAUUGUCAUCGACGGCCUCUUCUCUCACAAUAAACCCGUCACCUCCUCGGGGAAGAGGAAGUUUACAGGGCCAUACAGCCUGAAAGAUAGGUUGUGGGAAUUUAAUUGCGGGUUUCUGGGUUUAUUCUUAGCCCAAGCCAGCGCCUUCGUCAUAACAGGUGCCCUGAAAAAUGCCGUUGGGAAACCCCGGCCGGAUAUCAUUGACCGUUGUCGACCAAAGGGUGUCGAUUCUCUCGGCCCGCACGAAUUGGUGACCUUUGACAUGUGUGAUUCAAAACUGAGCCAUGAUAUUUUGAAGGAUGGGUUUAGAUCAUUUCCCUCUGCUUCUUUCGCCGGUCUCUUUUAUCUCUCCCUCUACCUCGCCGGUAAAUUUCAUCUUUUGGAUAGCCGGGGUGAAGUGUGGAAAACAUUCCUAUCGCUUUUCCCAACACUUGGAGCGGGACUUAUUGCCGCAACCAGAAUCAUGGACGCACGACAUCAUCCCUUUGAUGUGCUCUUCGGCUCAUUGCUGGGUAUUAUAUGUGGCUACGUCGCCUAUCGCCAAUAUUUCCCUCCUCUAUCAGAACCUUGGAGGAAAGGCCGUGCGUACCCAAUUCGAACCUGGGGUACCGGUCCCACUGCUCCCUCCCGCUCCCGGUUUGAUAUGGGAGGCUCCAAUGAUUCGGUGGCGCCGCUGCGGCGUACAGAUGAUUUAGAGUAUCAAGCUACCUCCACGGGUCAAGACGAUGAAUUCACGCGAAAACCCCCACCUGUUCGCCGGAUGUCUAGCGACCGGAUAUCUUCUGCAGACCCUUACCUGCGGCGAAGACAGGAAUUGGAGCGAGAAUAUUCGUCGAGCGGUGACUCCGCCGGAGUCGCGUUUGAAAUGCAACCAGGUUCUGGGAGCCGGUCGCAUCGCAGCGAGUCCACAACCCACCUAAACACCCCAUAUAAACCGCAACAAACGAGCUACCAGCCAUACCCAGGACGAACCGCAUCGCCAGCUGCACCGUCCACUCCGCCGCUCCCGACUAGCAGUGGACACCCCGGCUCCCAUGUCGAGCCACCGAAAAUUUGA